CCAGCCCAGGGUGCAGGCGAGGGCCAGGGACAGGAGCAGGGAACAGCUGUCCUGCUCCCUGCUGAGGCGACCCCCAGCCUCGCCUCCCAGGCCUGCGCCUUCGCCAGGGCUCAGCUCUGCUCUCCAGGAAGCAGUCUUGCAGUCCAGAGGAGAGGCAUCUGGACGCCCGCAUUGCCACCAGCAGCUCAGGGACGCGCGCGGGUGGAGGAGCGAUCACGAGGAGGAGAGGGGGGCGCAGGCAGCGAGUCGCCCUUGGUCCUUCCGUCCUCGUCCUCUUCCUCUUCCUCUUCCUUUGGGGGGAGCACCCAGGCGGGGGGCGCUGGGUGGGGGCGGGAAGGAUGAUUGCUAGGCUGCCGCAGCCCAGGCCUCGGCCCGUUGGCCUCCCGUCACCCUCCUCCUUCUCCCCUCGCCCUCCGCCCUAGCUGCCGUCCUCCGGUCCCCGCGUCCCCUCCGCCCUCGCGGUCGCCUCCUCGCGUCCCGCCUCCGCCCAGCCGCCUCCUGCUCAUCCCCGCAGCCGGGGAGCCGGGCGCCGGGCGCAGCCGUGGUUCCAAAGCCAAGCGCGGCCCAGCGCAGCGCUGCAGAGCAUCCAUGCAGGAAGCAGGGGACACAGUCUGUGCCCACAGAAGGAGCUGGCUGGCCAUGACUGAUGCUGCACCUCCCGGCUGUUGAGCCCCGAGGAAAGUAUUUUUCCUGAGCACCCAGCCGCAGGAGCCCUGAGGACACCGGAGGGGAGGAUGCAGCCAGCAGGCAGAGGGUGGGAGCCCCCAAGGCGCUGAGGGCCAGGCCUUCUGCCCUCCCCAUCCCUGCUCCUGCCAGCCCCCACCAUGGCCUGCAACAGCACCAUCUUCCUGCCCUUCCAGCACCUGCAACUGAACGUGAGCAACACCUCGGGCGUGGCAGCCACGCCGCUGUCCGCUCCCCUCCGGAUCUCCCUGGCUGUCCUGAUGCUGCUCAUGAUGGUGGUGGGCUUCCUGGGCAACACAGUGGUCUGCGUCAUCGUGUACCAGAGGCCGGCCAUGCGCUCUGCCAUCAACCUGCUGCUGGCCACCCUGGCCUUCUGCGACAUCAUGCUGUCCCUGGGCUGCAUGCCCUUCACUGCCGUCACCCUCAUCACCGUCCACUGGCACUUCGGGGACCACUUCUGCCGGCUCUCAGCCACGCUAUACUGGCUCUUUGUGCUGGAGGGUGUGGCCAUCCUGGUCAUCAUCAGCGUGGACCGCUUCCUCAUCAUUGUCCAGCGCCAGGACAGGCUAACCCCGCGCAGGGCCAAGGGGAUCAUUGCCGUGUCCUGGGCCCUGUCCUUCUGCAUCGCCGUCCCCUCGCUGUGGGGCUGGACAGUGGUGGAGGUGCCUGCUCGUGCCCCGCAGUGCGUACUUGGCUACACUGAGCUCCCGGCCGACCGCGCCUAUGUGGUGACGCUGGUGGUGGCCGUGUUUUUUGUGCCCUUCGGUGUCAUGCUCUGCUCCUACCUGUGCAUCCUCAACACGGUGCGCAAGAACGCAGUGCGAGUGCACAACCAGUCAGACAGCCUGGACCUGCGGCAGCUGCCCCGAGCCGGACUGAGGCGGCUGCAGCACCAGCAGCAGGUCAGCGUGGACCUGAGCUUCAAGACCAAGGCCUUCACCACCAUUCUCAUCCUGUUUGUGGGCUUCUCGCUCUGCUGGCUGCCGCACUCCGUCUACAGCCUGCUGUCGGUGUUCAGCCGCAGCUUCUACUACGGCUCCUCCUUCUACGCCGCCAGUGCCGGCGUCCUGUGGCUCAGUUACCUCAAGUCUGCCUUCAACCCCAUCGUCUACUGCUGGAGGAUCAAGAAGUUCCGCGAGGCCUGCGUGGAGCUGCUGCCACAGACCUUCCACCUCCUCCCCAGGGUGCCCGCGCGGAUCCAGCGGCGGAUCCGGCCCAGCACAGUCUACGUAUGCACCGAGAACCAGUCCGCUGUCUAGGCGUGGGGCUCCCUGCAGCUCGAGUCUCGUCCAGGUCUCUCGGUGACUGUUGAAGCACCAAGUGCUCAUUGUCCCUCACGGGCUGCGGGACCACCUUUGCAGUUUGGGCAGGUGAAUUAUUUAUGUUUCUCACAGUAGAACAGGUCAGGCAGGAGCUGCAGGGGUGCCACGCACACAGGGAGCAGGCUGCAGGGAUGGAAAGAGCGAGGGAGGAGCCAAGAGGAAGUGGGCAAUGGGCAGGGCAGGGUGUCACUAAGGUACUCACAGAGCCCUUCACACCCCGGUGCCAGGCUUGAACCGAGACACCCACCAAGGGCCCAGCCAUGUCCUGGGCCAUCGUCCAUUCCACUUGUUACCAGUGUUCUUUGGCAUGGCUAGGGGCUGUGGGCUCUGGGUGCCACGUGGGGCUCUUUACAUUGGUCAAACGACCGUUCCUGAAGGUGCCAAAUCCUCCCUCCUAGAAAAGAACAGAAGUUGUGCUGGGAAGCAGAUGGAGUGAGCACCACAUGCGAGUCCUUGGGGUGCCACGGAGCCGUGCGUGGCUCACAGCGUGGAAGGUGCAGUGGCAGUGAGGAGGCAUCCUGGCUGCUGACACAGGUCCCUGCCCUCUUCUGCCCACACCGCCCAUCCUUCCUGGUGUUCUGGACACCAUGACAGGGAAUUCGCCCAUGAGCAAGUAUCCAUAGUGAUUCUCUGUUUACACAUUUCCCUACAUACCCGGGGCUCCAGGGCCUUGGGGGUGCACUGCAUGGGGACCAGCAAGGGAGCAGGGCCAGGGGCAGGACAAGCAGACUCCCAUCUGGGCCCCCAGGUCCCUGGAGCCUCUGCUCCUCCUACCUCACUCACACCACUGCUACUACUGCCGCUGCAGGGCCACCUGUGUGGGUCAGGGUCCAGGAGUGCAGAUGCCCCAGGUGACCGCCCUUGAGCCCUCCACCCAGCCACUACGCCCAGCCACCCACUGCCACCCUGAGCUCCCAGUGCUGGAAGGCGACCUCCCGAGCUCCCUUCCUCCCAGCGUCAGCUCUGAAGAGUGAGACGUUCACAAGAAGCUCAGAAAAGCUGCACCUAGCUUGGACUCCAGCAGGGAUUGGUUGAGUCACCCUACUCAUUCCACCUCCUUUUCCUAGGUCUCAGUUUCCCCAUUUGUCAGCAGGUCUAGGGGACAUCUAGGUGACCUCACCCUCCAACUCUAAUGUGGGUUUGUUUUACCAUCACUGUCCCUUGCACUCAUGUCCCCCAGCCACGCUGAGAGCAUGCACGGGGCCUCCUGGGUGGGAGGCAGAGGAGGACAGUGGGGCAGGCCAAGCCAGAGGCAGCACCAGGCUCCUCCCAGGGUCCCAAGGCCACCAGGCAUUGCAGUUCCCUGCUCCUUUCUUGGUAGCUCCGGUUCUCACGGCUGGUCGAGGGCUAGUGAUGGAGACACGAGGCGGGGGGAAAAGAGAACAUAACUCACAGUGCUCUCUGCCCAGGCUGGGCUGUUGAGAAGGAACUGAUGCUUUCUUUGCCAGCCAAGAUGCAGGACAGCCGCCUGAGAUGGCCCAUAGUUCCAUGUCCUGGCCAGAGCAGGGCUUGCCUACGGCUCUUGGGGACAGGGUGCCUGGUGGGCCCUGAGGUGCAGCCAGGCCCUGGGGACCACCACACUCAGGCACCUCUCCUCCUGUCCUCAUAGCAGAGAAUUUAUUCAGAAAUCGGAAAACUGAAUGAAGAUAACAAAAUUUACAUCAAUCCAUGUCAUGUGGUGUAUGCUGAACAGUAUUGUUUCAAAGUAAUAAUUUUGUAUAUGUUUUAAAUAAAGUACCGUUGCUUUUUCGGUGUAUAA